AUGUAUCGCAGCACCGUCCUCCUGCUGCUGCUCGCCGCGCUGGUCGCUCUGGCGAGAGCCCGUCCAGCAUCAUCGGGAUUAUUAACCCCCACACUCUCGCAAGUCUACGAGACAACCGAUACGAUACCGCUGCCCAACGUCGGCAAUCUGCAAGUACACGACCCGAACGUGGUCUACUGGAAUGACCACUACUACCUUUUCAAGGGUGGUGUGCAUGUACUGUAUUACAAAGCCGCCAACAUGAGCGGGCCCUGGACGCAAGUGGGCACCGUGUUGGAUGGCGAUAGUAUCAUCCACCAGGGCAAUCGGUCGCGACCAUGGGCGCCGACGACAGUCGAGCGCAACGGGACGUUUUACUGCUUCUACACGCUGAGCACGCACGGCUCGCAAAACAGCGCAAUUGGCGUUGCGACAAGUACCAAGCUCGACGGAUCACCUUGGACGGACCACGGCGUGAUGAUUCGCACAGGUCAAGGUAAUGGCUCGGACGUGUGGCCCUUCACGAUAAGCAAUGCGAUCGAUGCCUCUUUUAUCCGUGACAAUGCCACCGGCAAAGCGUACCUGAAUUACGGUAGCUACUGGCACGAUAUCUGGCAAAUACCACUGUCGGAUGACUGGUUGUCGAUCGAGAGUCCUGAAAAGCCGGAUGCGAAGCAAUUAACUUUUAUCCCGAACGAGACGUUUCGACCGGAGGAGGGCUCGUGGAUGAGUUACCACGAUGGGUAUUACUAUGUGUGGUUCAGUCAUGGCAAGUGCUGCAGCUUUGAUGUGCGGGGGUUCCCUGCGCGCGGCGACGAGUAUAAUAUUCGCGUUGGUCGGUCGCGGGCCGUGCGGGGACCUUUUCUUGAUCGUGAUGGAAAGUUGCUUCUCGAUGGGGGUGGGACGAUCGUUUAUGCUUCCAACCAUGGGCUGGUUUAUGCCCCUGGCGGGCUUGGCGUGUUGCCUGGAAACUCUUCUACGCCGGAUAUACUUUACUAUCAUUACCUGAACACUUCGAUUGGGUUCACGGACGAGCAAGCACAAUUGGGCUACAAUUAUUUGAAAUACGAUAAUGGGUGGCCCGUGGUCUUGGACGGGAUCACCAUUAAGAGCGGCGCAGUGACCAUCGCCCGCUUGCCUGGUUGGUGGUCUCUAAUGAUUUUGUCCGGUAUGUGGACCCUGAUCGUUGUCCCUGUUUCAGUUAACAUGGGGGACUUUCCUUGCUGA